ACACAUUGCCGGCAGAGGUCAAACAAAACGUCAAAAUUAUUUUGUUCUAGAACAAACGUAAACAAGAGUUCCCUUAAACUGUUGCAACAGUAUUUUUCUAUAAUUAUUUUAAUUUUUGUAAUAUAACCUCUAUUUGGAUCAUGUUUGGCUUAAUUAUCUCUGGAAGACUGCCUCAAACAGACUUCACACCGGUGGAUGAAAACAAACUGCUGAUUAAUGUACCAGACAUAGAUCAUGUUAACUAUAUUGUGGUGUUCCUAACCGGUGUCCAACCCCUGCCCGAUGGCAUGUCGGCGGCUGUGUAUUUCUCUUGGCCAGAUGCCUCAGCGGCACCAACAUGGCAAUAUUUAGGACACAUCUCGAACAGUAAACCCUCGGCUAUAUUUAAAAUCUCACAAUUGAAAAAGUCGCAUGAGCUAGAGGCUCAGGAGAAUGCUAUGCAAUUCGGUGCUCAAGAAAUUUCGCAUACUGCACAAAUUGGUAUAUCUGUGGAACCAGAAAUGACCAUAACACAACUAACACCGGCAGUGUCGAAUGCCAAUGCUAACUUGCAAUUCAGUCAGAAAAUGUUGGAGAAUUUCUUCAACUAUGCCUCCAGUUUCAGUGUAACACCUCAUGAACUACCACCGAUGAGCAAUCAACCAAUGGUGCCAUUAUCAACGUUACAAAACUGGUAUACAAAUUUCCAAAGGCGCAUGGAACAAAAUCCCAACUUUUGGAAAUAUUAAAAACCUGCCUCACACACUGCUUAAUUUUGCAUCUGUUGGAAAUGCUAAUGUUUUCAUAACACCGGUGGCAGCACCGGUCCAUAUGGUCAUCGUAAAGUUACUUUUUUUAAUUUCAUUUAGCAUACUUGUAAUAAGUUAAGACAUUUUAUUAUUAUUUUUUGUAUGUUUUACUCGAUGUGAGAGUAUGGUUUGUUAGUUUAAAUAACCGAAUACAACUCAAGAGUUUUUUAUAAAAAAAAUUAAAUGAAGAAAAAAAUACACAAAAGAAAAGACAAAUAUA